AUGUAUGAUGUUUUUCCAUCAUUGAAUGAAGUUCUUGCUGAUGGUCAGCUUUCAAGCACCUUGUCCAAGGAUCACUUGUCUCAACUAGAUGAUGAAUUUCGCCGUUACUUUCCUGACUUAAGCCCUCAGCAUGCAGGAUUAGCAAAAAAUCCGUUCUUAUGUCAGGAUGAUGAUGUGUUAGAAGACGCACAAGAAGAGCUUAUCCACGAUUCAACAGCCAAGAAUGUGUUCCAGUCAAACUCCUUGUCUAGCUUCUGGUGUUCAAUGAUGGAAUCAUAUCCAAAAAUAAGUGAUCUGGCAGUUCGAGUUCUUUUGCCUUUUGCUUCAACCUACCUGUGCGAAAGUGGGUUUUCUUCAUUACUUGCAAUAAAAACAAAAUCAAGGAACAAGCUGUCUGUGGAAGAUGACUUGAGAUGUGCACUGGCUGCUACUGAGCCAAGGAUUCAUGAGCUGGUUGCUCAAAAACAACCACAAAAGUCCCAUUGA